GGAAAGACUCAAAAGCAAUAGUAGAGACAGUCCGACGACGGAGCGAUGAAUCCGAUCCUUUCCGUGAUUUCUCAACUUUCAAUCCGAAGAAAAUCGCAAUCCAAAUAGAUUUUAUUCUUUCUGCACGAAUUUAGAGAGAGAAGAGAGAGAAAUGAAAGAGAAAUCUUCGAUGGACCACAGAAGAACAGCAACAUCAACGGCUCACGAAGGCGCUGCUCCUCAGAGAAGAUGGUCGAAUCUGAUGCCCCUCUUCGUCGCUCUCGUCGUCAUCUCUGAGCUCACCUUCCUCGGCCGCCUCGACAUGGCCAAGAACGCUGCCAUGAUGCAUUCCUGGACUAACUCAUUCAACUUCCCAUCGUUUUCGUCGUCGUCGAAGACUCUAUAUUCGGCAGAUGAAGAGGAAAUCGACGUUCCGAGUCUCGAUGAGAAGCGAGUCAGCGAUGGGAACUGCAAGAAUUGGUUGGAGCAAGAAGAUGCUGUGCCGUAUUCUAGGGAUUUCCGGAAGGACCCCAUUCUGGUUUCAGGCCUCGAUGAGGAGUGGAAUUCGUGCUCUGUGGGGUGUAAGUUUGGACAUGAUUCUGCGUCAGAUAAGAGACCUGAUGCUGCAUUUGGAUUACAUCAAGACCCAAAGACAGCUAGGGUCCUGCGAUCCAUGGAAUCCUCGCACUACUAUCCAGAGAACAACAUUGGUCAGGCACGACGGUGGGAGAGGGUACCAUGUUGUAAUGACAACUAGUCUCUCCUCUGAUGUUCCAGUUGGUUAUUUCUCAUGGGCCGAGUAUGACCUUAUGGCGCCAAUGCAUCCCAAGUCUGAGAGUGCCCAUGCAGCUGCCUUUAUUUCCAAUUGUGGAGCACGCAACUUUCGCUUGGAGGCCCUUGAUAUGUUAGAAAAGUUGAAUAUCAAGAUUGAUUCUUAUGGUGCUUGCCAUCGGAACAGUGAUGGCAGAGUGGACAAAUUAGACACUCUGAAGCGCUAUAAAUUCAGCUUGGCUUUCGAAAAUUCCAAUGAGGAAGACUAUGUCACAGAGAAAUUCUUCCAAUCUCUUGUUGCUGGUGCUGUCCCUGUGGUCAUUGGCGCUCCAAAUAUCCAAGAUUUCGCCCCUUCUCCCGUUUCAGUUUUACAUAUCAGAGAACUGAGCGAUGUUCCUUCCAUUGCCAAGACCAUGAAAUACCUUGCGGAAAAUCCCAAUGCCUAUAAUCAGUCAGUAAGGUGGAAGUACGAGGGUCCAUCUGAUUCUUUCAAGGCCCUUGUGGACAUGGCAGCAGUCCACUCAUCUUGCCGUCUAUGCAUUCAUCUCGCUACAAAGAUUAGAGAGCAAGAAGAAAAGAGCGCUAGGUUCCAGAAACGCCCCUGCAAUUGCACCAGUGGCCCAGGAAUUGUCUAUCACUUGUUUGUGAGGGAAAGAGGGAGGUUUGAGAUGGAGUCUAUCUUCCUGAGGUCUGGCGACUUGACCUUAAAAGCUAUGAAGUCUGCUGUGGUCGUGAAGUUUAAGUCCCUUAACCACAUACCCAUCUGGAAACAAGAAAGGCCGGAAAGUAUAAGAGGAGGGAACGAAUUGAAAGUUUACAGAAUAUAUCCCGUCGGCCUCACCCAAAGACAAGCCUUACACACCUUCAGAUUCAGCAGCGACGAUGAUUUCAGUAGAUACGUGGAAAGCAACCCCUGUGCCAAGUUCGAAGUUAUGUUCGUCUAGCAAUCCCUCACCCUACCUAACUUUGGGCCCAUCAUGACAGCGGGCCCCACUGGAACCUCAUUAGCUGGAGACUUGGAGUUCAGGUAAUUUCCGUUGACUUGUUUUGUUCUUCUCGUUUCACAUCUUGUAAUCUAAAUGUUUAUUCAUCAAGAUGAUUGAGUUGGAUAUACAGAAGAAAAGAUGGCCUGGUUUUUUUGGCACGAUGCAGUGAUGAUCCUGGUUUUGGGGAUAUCCCACUCGGAGGUUUGUUCAAAUACAUCUGAUGAAUUGUAAUACGAUACAUCCCGACUUAUCCUUUGACUCUGGGUCAUCUUCCAAUGAUCUAAACUGUUUAUACAAUGAGUGCCAUUAUUUAUGAUGGAGAGUCAACAUUUAAAUGCUCUCAAUUAGAUUAUUUCAA